CGCCCUCCAGCGCCAUCUUGUUGCGUGUGCGCUAGGGAGGGAGUGCUGAGCUGUAAGAGUGACUCUGAGCCGGCUUGGAGGAGCUGUUCCCGCCAUGCCACACUACCAGACCUGGGAGGAGUUCACCCGUGCCGCCGAAAAGCUCUACCUCGCCGACCCCAUGAAGGUGCGUGUGGUUCUUAAAUACCGACACUGUGAGGGGAAUCUGUGUAUCAAAGUAACAGAUGAUGUAGUUUGUCUGCUAUACAGAACGGACCAGGCUCAAGAUGUAAAGAAGAUUGAGAAAUUCCACAGUCAGCUAAUGCGACUCAUGGUAGCUAAGGAAUCCCGCAGUGCUGCCAUGGAAACGGACUGAAUUGCUGAAAAUAAAAUGAAAGCUCCAGUCAUAUUUCAUGGGAAGAAAAUACCACUUGGAUUUGAGCAAACAUUGGGACAGGAGAUGUUUUAUGUAACGAAGUGGACUGAGAAAAGUCUGAAGCAUUUUUUGCCCUGCCCUAGACGCCACUUCAGAUAACUAGGAAAAUAAAUGCUUUCAGUUGAAAGCCUCUAUUUAUUUUUGAAAAUUAAGCAAGAAAAAUAUAUCCUCCAUGGAAAACAUUGUUACAAGUCUUGCUUAACAUACUUUAACCUGUAAAUAUUUUCUUUUGUAAAUCUACAGUACUCUAAUUUGAAAGUGAAAGGAGAAAAGUGUAUCCCUCUGGAAAGUGAGAGCAUGUCUUCAUGUAGAUUAAAUUGAUCUUAUUUGCAUUCAUAAAGCUGUGCUGGUGUAUUUUCACAAAUGAGAAAAUAUAUAUUAAUCUGACCAACUAAUACUAUAACACUGUAAAACUGGAUCUGUUAACCCUAUACCUCUAAUGACAUGUUAUAACAGAAUUUAGAAAUAGAACAGACAUCUUCUAAAUUAAAAUUGCCAAAAAUUAUGUAUAAUACUGUGCAACUAGCAAGUUAUUCUGUAAAAGGUUUCCAGCUUUUAGUAUUAUGGCCACAAGCUGUGUAACACUUCUAAAAGCCUGUGCAUAAUAGUUCCACAGAACACAUUCUAGAUUGCUGGUUCAAAUACAAAGUUGUCAUUAAUCUGGUCAUCACCAUCUGAAAACUUUUCAGUAGCCUGUGUGAAGUUGGAAGGUCCCAAUCCAGUUAUAAAGCAAGUGUUCAUAUAAAAAGAAUCAAGGUAAUAUUUAGAGGUAAUUGGCAGAGAGGAUGAACUUGCCUCUGGCUGGUAGAGGUUUGACUUCCAGGGCAGAGUUGAGGCAUGCUAGAAAGGGCACUGUGGAAGCUUGCACAUAUAAUGCCCAGGAUGUGACUCAUUAUGUGGAUAAAUUAUUUCAGUGUCCGAGUUUUAGUAACUCACUAAUUUACAUUCACUUUACUUUUUUAUUAGACUGUUACAACUUGCAUUCACAAAUGCUAACAUGUUUACCAAACUUGUACCUUAAACAUCAAAGCAAAAGAAUGUUGUACUGGUGACCCCUUUUACAUAGCAAGCCUCUGAGUGUGACCCCUCCCCCCUUAUACAUUAAAAACACUUUUAAAUAUAUUUAACACCAUCAUAAAUGCUGGAGGCAAAGCAGGGUUUGGGGUGGAGGCUGACAGCUUGCAAUCCCGAGGGGUCCCGACCCCCACUUUGACUACAUCAGGGGUUCUCAAUCUUGACACGCAUAUGGCUUAGGAACCAAUGCUGCUUAUUGCUACCUUUGUUUAAUGAUAGAGGACUCUAUUUACUCUUUUCUUGAAGGGUUCCUGCUUGAAGACCCAAAUGUUGGAGUUGGACACUUGCUUUGAAUGUAUACUGUUGUGAACUGAACUCCGUUUUGUUAAAUGCCAGCCUGACUUCCUGUAUGUAACCAUGCUACUGCUGUAACUGAGUUUUCUCCUGUGCUAAUAUUUUGGCCAACUCCAAACCUUUAAAAGAAAAGAGCCUCGCAAACUGAGUGUAAAUGCUGUACUUAUAUACUAGUUAUCUGCUGUAUUUUUUUUAAUAGAAACAAUUGGGUUCUCAAACUUAA